AUGGAAGAACCAAGCAGUGGUGCAGGGCAUCCUGGGAACGAUGAAGAAAUGGAAGGACCAAACCAUGGUGCAGGGCAUCCUGGGAACGAUGGAGAAAACACGGAAAGGCAGCAGGGCGAGGAACAGGCAAUUCUGUGGGAGGAAACGCACGGUGCGACUUCCAACCAGUCUGAGAAGAGAGGAGCCACACCACAGGCACAUGUACAGCACCAUACAGGCCAGAUGGUAGCCUCAGUUGGCAAUGCAGCAGUCGUUAGGGUGCAGAGUGACACUUAUAUGGCUGGUGUCCAAGCUAGGCGGAUGGAGGUCCAUGAUGCAGCAGAUACCGCUGGUUCAUCCACUACAAAUAAGGGUUCUUUACACAAGACGACGGAGAAGUCGUACAGUAGUGACGAAUGCGACUUUUCUUCACAAUCCAGAACAAGUUUAAAGAAACGGAAGGCUAAACGCACAAAACCCUACAUGUGCGGGGAGUGUGGGCACAGGACGUGCGACUAUUCGUCUGCGUGGAAAAAGAGUUUAGUCCUACAUAUGUCACACCACACUGGUAAGAAACCCUACAAGUGUGGAGAGUGCGAGUUCAGAACUGCCGCUAAACACGACCUAGUCAGACAUAUGAGAAAACAUACAGGUAAGAGACCUCACAAAUGUGACAAGUGUGACUAUUCCUCCUGCGACUAUUCUUCUGCGUGGAAAAAGAGUUUAGUCCUACACAUGUCACAUCACACCGGCGAGAAACCCUACAAGUGUGGAGAGUGCGGGUACAGAACUGCUGCUAAAUAUGAGCUAACCAGACAUAUGAAGAAACAUACACAUGAUACGGGUGAGAAACUUCACAAAUGUGACCAGUGUGACUAUUCCUCUGCACAGAAGGAUCAUCUAAGGGCACACAUGUUGAAACAUGGUGAUGAGAAUCUCUGCAUAUGUGAAGAGUGCGGGUACAGAACAACUGAUAGGUCUCACCUAGCAAUGCAUAUGAAAAGACAUGCGGCUGAGAAGCCCUACAAAUGCGACCAGUGCGACUUUUCUUCUGCGUGGAAAAAGAGUUUAAUCCUACACAUGUCACACCACACCGGUGAUAAACCCUACAAGUGUGAAGAAUGCGGGUUCACAACUGCUGCUAAAUAUGAACUAACCAGACACAUGACAAAGCAUACAGGUGAGAAACCUCACAAAUGUGACCAGUGUGACUAUUCCUCUGCAAAGAAAAGUAAUCUAAGGACACACAUGUUAAAACAUGGUGGUGAGAAACAAGGCUGGGAAAUCCUAUAA